AUGAGGCUGCGCUCCGGACGAGAGGGCGACGCCGCGAACAGCGACGCCGAGGAGCCUCGUGUGGAGGAUCGGGAUGGGCAGGACGCUGAGAUGGCGGACGCCGACGCAAGUGGGUCCGACAGCGAGGACAUGUCCGGCGCCGUGGUCGUCGCUGCGAUCGAGAGCGACUCCGACGACGAGGAGAUGUCGUUCCAGCCCGCCGGCGGCGACUCGGAGUCGGACGAGGAGGAGGACGCGUCAGACAGCGACGAGAUGGCCGACGCGAUCCGGCCAGGCCACAACUGGAUCCAAGCACUGCUGAGCCGGUUCCAUCGCAGCAAGAACCCCGCGACGCGGCGCAACCCCGGCGUGCAGCCGCUGCCGAAGGUCCCCGUGCCGCUCAACCACCCCGAGCUCAUCGCGAUGCUCCUGUCGGGCGCGCACGACCUGCCGCCGGUGUGCCGACGCGCGGGGAGGGCCGCGGUCGGGGCGAGCGUCGACAAGGAGGCCGAGGUCGCCGAGGGCGCGGCGGCCGGCGGCAGCAGCGGCACGAGCGAGGCGUCGGGCGAGGGGGAGGGGGCAGUUGCCGCGCCGGUGACGCCGCCGCGGGCGCCGCCAGCGGCGCGCGGGGGGCUGUCGAUGCGGUCGCUUCUGCGGCUGCGCGAGCAGGGUCUGGCCGCGGACCAGGCCGGGACGGGCUGCACGGGCUCGGGCGCGCUCUGCGGGGGCCAGCGGCGCUACCUGGGGGGGUGUGCGGUGCCAGACACCCCCGCCGCGGUGAUCGACGAGCAGGACUCGCGCGGGUACUGCGUCCGGUACAGCAUGGACGGGAACCUCUGCGCGGCGGCGUUCCAGGGCCGGCGGGUGCGCGUGUACGACGUCAGCCGCGGCUACCAGCUGGUUAAGGACGUGCAGGCGCGGAUGCUGCAGUGGACGAUCACGGACUGUUCGAUGUCGCCGGACGGUCGGUUCCUCGCCUACGCGUCGAUCACGCCCGCGGUGCACCUGGUCGGCCUCCAGGGCGGCGAGCUGCACAGCGUGAGCAACGUGACCGAGGUGCACGACUGCCUGUACAUGUCCGAGGGCGCGGACCGCCUCGGCGUGUGGGCGUGCCGGUGGUCCCCGGACGGCGCGGACCUGUUGGCCGGGACGUCGGACUGCUGCGCGAUUGUGUACGACGUGGAGGCGCGGCGGUGCGUCGCGAGCACGAACCCGACGUACCACGACGACGACCUGAACACGGUGAGCUACAUGGGCGGGAUGGACUCGAACGUGUUCGUGACGGGCUCCGACGACCACUCGAUCAAGGUGUGGGACAAGCGUACGCUCGGGGGCGCGUCGGGCGGGGGCGCGAACCGGCCCGUCGGGCUGCUGCUGGGCCACACGGAGGGCGUGUGCCACACGGACCCGCUGGGCGACGGGCGGUACCUGCUGAGCAACGGGAAGGACCAGUGCGCGCGGCUGUGGGACAUCCGGCGCAUGCACGACGGCGCGUCGGACGUGGCCGCGCCCGGGCGGCGGCCGCGGUACGACGUCAACGUGCCGUGGGACUACCGCUGGGAGAAGUACCCGCUCGAGGGGUACCACGUGGCGCACCCGCACGACUGCUCGGUGAUGCGCUACCACGGGCACAAGAACCUCGCGACGCUGAUCCGCGCGUACUUCUCGCCCGCGGACUCGACGGGCCGGCGCUACAUCUACACGGGGAGCUACGACGGGGCGGUGCGCGUGUACGACGCGGUGACGGGCGGGGUGCACCGCACACUGCGGUUCCACAAGCAGGUCGUGCGCGACGUGGCCUGGCACCCGACGCUGCCGGAGCUCGUCACGACGAGCUUCGACGGCACGGUCGUGCUGUGGGGGACCGACGACGGGAUGGGCGCGUGGGAGGGCGAGCGCGCCACGCAGCGCGAGCUGCCGCGGCCGGGCAGGGACAAGCUGCGGCGGUUCUGGGACUGA